AUGGGGAACGUAGGCACUGAUGUCAUUGUCACUGGUCUUUCAUGUUCUCCAGAUGUAGAUGCCACUGGUUCUUCACGUUAUGCAGAUGUAGAUGCCACUGGUUCUUCACGUUCUGCAGAUGUCGAUGCCACUGGUUCCUCAUGUUCUGCAGAUGUAGAUACCACUGAUUCUUCACGUUCUGCAGAUGUAUAUGCUACUGGUUCUUCACGUUCUGCAGACGUAGACGCCACUGGUUCUUCAAGUUCUGUAGAUGUAGAUGCCACUGGUUCUUCACAUUCUGCAGAUGUAGACGCCACUGGUUCCUCACGUUUUGCAGAUGCCACUGGUUCUUCACGUUCUGCUGAUGUGUAUGCCACUGGUUCUUCACGUUCUGCAGAUGUAGGUGCCACUGGUUUUUCAUGUUCUGCGGAUGUAGGUGCCACUGGUUAUUCACGUUCUGUAGAUGUAGAUGCCACUGGCUCUUCGCGUUCUGCAGAUGUAGACGCCACUGGUUCUUUACGUUCUGCAGAUGUAGAUGCCACUGGUUCUUCACAUUCUGCAGAUGUAGAUGUAGAUGCCACCAGUUCUUCACGUUAUGCAGAUGUAGAUGCCACUGGUUCUUUACGUUCUGCAGAUGUAGAUGCCACUGGUUCUUCACAUUCUGCUGAUGUAGACGCCACUGGUUCUUCGCGUUCUGCAGAUGUAGACGCCACUGGUUCUUCACAUUCUGCAGAUGUAGACGCCACUGGUUCUUCGCGUUCUGCAGAUGUAGACGCCACUGGUUCUUCACGUUCUGUAGAUGUAGACGCCACUGGUUCUUCACGUUCUGCAGAUGUAGGUGCCACUGGUUCUUCACGUUCUGCAGAUGUAGACGCCACUGGUUCUUCACCUUCUGUAGAUGUAGAUGCCACUGGUUCUUCACGUUCUGCAGAUGUAGACGCCACUGGUUCUUCACCUUCUGUAGAUGUAGAUGCCACUGGUUCUUCAUGUUCUGCAGAUGUAGAUGCCACUGGUUCUUCACGUUCUACAGAUGUAGAUGCCACUGGUUCUUCCCGUUCUGCAGAUGUAGAUGUCACUGGUUCUUCACAUUCUGUAGAUGUAGAUGCCACUGGUUCUUCACGUUCUACAGAUGUAGAUGCCACUGGUUCUUCACGUUCUGCAGAUAUAGAUGUCACUGGUUCUUCACAUUCUGUAGAUGUAGAUGCCACUGGUUCUUCACGUUCUACAGAUGUAGAUGCCACUGGUUCUUCACGUUCUGCAGAUGUAGAUGUCACUGGUUCUUCACAUUCUGUAGAUGUAGAUGCCACUGGUUCUUCACGUUCUACAGAUGUAGAUGCCACUGGUUCUUCACGUUCUGCAGAUGUAGUUGCCACCACCGCCAUCUAUUGUGCGGGGCAGUCGACCUUACGACUCUCGGUCCGAACAGGCAACUGGACGUACGGACACGGUUUGUUCGUAUCUCUGAAAGUCCCCAAGUCGAAUGUUCGUAAGUAG